AUGUAUAAUAGAACCAUACCUAGCCAAAGGGAGCAUACAAGUGCAUUUUUGAAUGGACUAAAUGAAUUUAUUGCUCUUGCAUGCCAAAAAUCAGCAGACUUGACUAGUGGAGAGAUUAGAUGUCCUUGCACUAGAUGUAGAAAUUUCAAGUACUUAGAUCUCAUAGAGGUUGAAGUUCAUCUUUGUAGGUGGGGAUUUAUAUCAGAUUAUUGGUAUUGGACAUGUCAUGGAGAAAGUGAUCCAAUUUUAUGCACAACAUUUAAUACUUGUCCAAGUACUAGUGGCACUGCACAAGAGGGUCAUAGAUUUGAAAACAUGGUUUACGAUGCGUUUGAUCCACAAUUUAGAAUGCAUCCUAAUCAACAAAUAGAGGAGUCUCCAAAUAAAGAUGCUCAAGAGUUUUAUGAUUUACUACAUGCAGCCCAAAAGCCAUUGUGGUCAGGUUGUACUAAUCAUACAGAAUUGUUUACUGUUGUUAGAUUAUUGACAAUCAAAUCAGAUGGAAACAUUUCCCAACGAUCUUUCAAUGAGUAUAUGGCUCUCAUGAAAGAGACACAUCCUGAAGGUAAUAUUAUUCCUGAAGAUUAUUAUAGGGCAAAGAAGAUAGUGUCCAAGCUUGGUCUUACAGCAAAAAAAAUAGAUUGUUGCGACAAAGGUUGUAUGUUGUUCUACACUGAUGAAGAUAUGAAAUUAAAGCAUUGCAAGUUUUGUGGCGGACCUCGUUAUCAUAGAAAAAAGGUUGGUAGAGAUAAUUACAAAGAAGUUCCUGUGAAGAGAAUGCACUAUUUACCCCUCAUUCCCAGGCUUAAGAGAUUGUAUGCUUCAAUGAGUUCUGCUCUACACAUGAGGUGGCAUUAUGAAAAUAAACGAAAACCAGGAGUGAUGUGUCAUCCAUCAGAUGGAAAAGCAUGGAAAUACUUUGAUGGUAAGCAUCUUGAUUUUGCAAAGGAACCUAGAAAUGUGAGAUUAGGAUUAUGUUCUGAUGGCUUUAUGCCAUUUGGUAAUGGAGCUAAACCUUAUUCUUGUUGGCCGGUAAUUGUUACCCCUUAUAAUCUUCCUCCUGAACUUUGCAUGACUACUCCUUACAUGUUUUUGACAUUGAUUAUUCCUGGGCCUGAUAAUCCAAAAGAGAAAAUUGAUGUGUAUUUGCAGCCAUUGAUAGAUGAGUUAAAAUUGUUAUGGAAUGAAGGUGUGGUGACAUAUGACAUUUCAAAAAAGCAGAAUUUUAUCAUGAAAGCAGCAUUAAUGUGGACUGUUAAUGAUUUUCCUGCAAAUGGUAUGUUGUCGGGUUGGAGUACCGCAGGAAAAUUAGCUUGUCCAUAUUGCAUGAAUCAAUCAAAGGCUUUCUAUCUGAAACAUGGCGGUAAAUGUUCUUGGUUUGAUUUUCAUCGUCAAUUUUUGCCAACAAAUCAUGAAUAUAGGAAAAAUAAGGAUGCAUUUCUCAAGAAUCGAGUUGUGACGUCCAAAGCUCCACGAAGGCUAUCGGGGGAUGAAGUGUGGGAAGAAGUUUCUGAAAUGCCAAAAAUAACGAAGACUCAACCUUGUAUUUGUCCUGGAUAUGGUGUCUUUCAUAAUUGGACAAAACAAAACAUCUUUUGGGAGUUACCAUAUUGGAAGGACAACUUAAUAAGGCAUAAUCUUGAUAUGAUGCAUAUUGAGAAAAAUGUUUUUGAUAAUGUCUUUAAUACAGUGAUGGACAUCAAAGGCAAGACCAAAGAUAAUGUUAAGGCAAGAAGGGAUUUGAAAGAGUAUUGUAGACGGAGAGAAUUGGAAUUAGUAGAGAACCUCGGUGGAAAACCUUUAAAGCCUAAAGCAAAAUUUAUUCUUUCGAAGGAGCAAAACAUGGCGGUGUGUAAAUGGGUUAGUGAGUUGAAAAUGCCCGAUGGAUAUGCUUCAAAUUUGAGUAGAUGUGUAACCAUGAAGGAUGGGAAGUUUCUUGGAAUGAAAAGUCAUCAUUGUCAUAUCUUUAUGGAGCGUUUGUUACCAAUUGCUUUUAGUGCAUUACGACUUCAAGUUUGGAGACCUUUAGCUAAGUUGAGCAAGUUCUUCAAGGAUUUGUGCUCAAGUACAUUGCAAUUGAAUGAUCUGAGGCGGAUGAGAGAAAAUAUUAUCAUUACAACAUGUAAGUUGGAAAGAAUCUUUCCACCUGGUUUCUUUAAUUCAAUGGAGCAUUUGCAUAUCCAUCUUCCUUAUGAAGCAAUAGCAGGAGGUCCCAUUCAAUAUCGAUGGAUGUAUCCAUUUGAGAGGUAA